GAGGGCUUCAAAAAGAAGCAAGUCGGUGUUUCUGAUAUGACGUUGCUUACCACUAUUAGCAACGAAAGCGUGAAUGAGAAUUUGCAGAAGCGGUGGACCAGUGGAGAAAUCUAUACCUAUAUCGGAGGAGUUCUAAUUUCAGUGAAUCCGUUUCGAGAUCUGGGCAUAUAUACCGAUGACAUUCUGAAGAGAUAUCAGGGCAAGAACCGCCUUGAAGUCCCUCCACAUGUCUUUGGUAUCGCGGAGUCUGCCUAUUACAACAUGAAAGCCUAUACCGACAAUCAGUGCGUCAUUAUAUCUGGGGAAUCCGGUGCAGGCAAAACAGAAGCUGCGAAGCGCAUCAUGCAAUAUAUCGCUGCUGUGUCGGGAGGAGAAGACAGUAGCAUUCAGCAAAUCAAGGACAUGGUUCUGGCUACAAACCCUUUGCUUGAGAGUUUCGGUUGUGCUAAGACCCUUAGGAAUAAUAACUCCAGUCGUCAUGGAAAAUACCUAGAGAUCAUGUUCAAUGAUCAUGGAGAGCCUGUUGGUGCUCAGAUUACGAACUACUUGCUGGAGAAGGCACGCGUCGUUGGUCAAGUGCAAAACGAGCGCAAUUUCCACAUAUUCUACCAAUUCACGAAAGCUGCCUCGGACGAGCAACGUGAAUCGUUUGGACUCCAGGGACCAGAAGCUUAUGCGUACACGAGUCUCAGCAACUGUCUGGAGGUUGAAGGCAUCAGUGAUGAGCAUGACUUCGCGGAAACCAUUAACGCAAUGCGGAUCAUUGGCCUUAGCGAUCACGAGCAAAACGACAUCUUUCGCAUGCUCGCAAUUGUUCUCUGGCUGGGGAACAUUCAAUACGAGGAAAUGGACGAUGGGAACGCUGCUAUUUCGGACACUAGCGUUGCAGACUUCAUUGGUUACCUCAUGGAGGUCGAUAGUACCUUGGUGCAAAAGGCCCUCACUACGAAAGUUGUCGAGACUCAGAGGGGAGGUCGUCGAGGAUCCGUGUAUGAUGUUCCUUUGAACCCCUCACAAGCAAGCUCAGGGCGAGAUGCCCUCGCGAAGGCUAUCUAUAAUAAUCUCUUCGAGUGGAUCGUCUCCAGAAUCAACGUAUCCAUGAAGCCAAGAGGGUCAGUUGCCCAGAUCGUUGGUAUCCUGGAUAUCUUCGGGUUCGAGAUCUUCGAGGACAAUUCGUUCGAGCAACUGUGCAUCAACUACGUGAACGAAAAACUCCAACAGAUUUUUAUCGAACUCACACUCAAGACCGAACAGGAGGAGUACGUUCGCGAAGAGAUUAAGUGGACGCCCAUCAAAUAUUUUAAUAACAAGAUCGUAUGUGACCUCAUCGAGGAACGCCGACCUCCAGGCAUCUUUGCAGCCCUCAAUGAUGCUUGUGCUACUGCGCACGCUGAUCCCACGGCGGCAGACAAUAGUUUCAUGCAACGAACUGCUUCUUUGUCAUCGAAUCCUCACUUCGAAGCUCGCGGGACACAGUUCUUGGUCAAGCACUAUGCUGGGGACGUCAUGUACAAUGUUGCAGGUAUGACAGACAAGAACAAGGAUGCUCUUAUCAAGGAUCUGUUGGAUCUUGUUGGCUCGAGCGGAAAUCAAUUCUUACAAUCUCUCUUUCCCGACCGACCGGAUCCUAACAGCAAGAAGAGGCCUCCAACAGCUGGCGACAGAAUCAAGGCAUCCGCCGGGGCCCUUGUAGAGAAUCUCAUGCGCGCUCAACCAUCGUAUAUUCGUACGAUUAAACCGAAUCAAAAUCGUAGUGGCACUGAAUACGACACGAAGGCCGUUCUUCAUCAAAUCAAGUAUUUGGGUUUGCAGGAGAAUAUUCGAGUUCGUCGUGCCGGUUUCGCUUACCGGAAUACAUUCGAGAAGAUGGUUGAGCGCUUCUAUUUGCUAUCGCCUAAUACAUCCUACGCCGGUGAAUACACGUGGACGGGCGAUGCACGAACAGGCUGCGCAAAGAUCUUGACGGACACAGGUAUUGCUCAAGAGGAGUGGCAGAUGGGCGUCACGAAGGCUUUUAUCAAGAAUCCCGAAACACUCUUCGCCUUGGAAACCAUGAGGGAUCGUUACUGGCAUAACAUGGCAGCCAGAAUUCAGCGCGCGUUCCGUAACUAUCUGCGGUACAAGAAUGAAUGCGCUAGGCGUAUCCAACGGUUCUGGAAGAACAAUAAGGAAUCCAUUGAAUAUGCGCAACGUAGGGAUUAUGGCCACAAGAUCUUGGCAGACAGGAAGGAGCGGAGAAGGUUUAGUCUCCUCAGCUAUCGUCGAUUUAUGGGUGAUUACCUCGAUGUGAAUGGCCAAAGCCCAUUGGGAGAGGAGUUGAAAUCCGUUUGCGGCAUUGGAGCCGAAACGGUGACAUUCAGUUCGAGAGCUCAGCUUCUGGUGUCCAAGCUUGGUCGCUCUAGCAAACCUAGCCCACGUUACCUUGUAGUUACAAGCAAAGCAGUCCACAUCGCCAUCACCAGUAUCAAAGACGGCCAAGCGCAAACGACACUUGAACGCAAGAUACCUCUUGUCACUAUACAGAGUAUCGCUAUGUCCAACCUGCGCGAUGAUUGGAUGGUCUUCAACCUGACUCCUUCAGAAGAAGGCGAUCCGAUCAUCAGCUGCCUUUUCAAGACCGAACUAGCUGCUAAUCUGCUUCAGCUUACUCAAGCUAGUAUCAGCAUGCUGAUCGGACCAACUAUUGAUUACGCCAAGAAGAAGGAGAAGCGUGCCCAAAUCAAGUUCUUGAAAGACGAAACAGUACCCAGGGAUGAUCAGUACAAAAGUCAUACUGUACACGUCCCUACCGGUGAGCCCCCAAACAGUAAAUCGAGACCCCCCGCAAAGAGAAAGCCCGGCGUGGUGCGUCCAAUCACUUCGGGUAAAUUACUGAAGAAGGGCGGUCCUUCCAAGCCCACUGGAGCGUCAAGACCAAAGCCUGCUGCACAACCUUUACCAGGAAAGUCUAAACCUGCCGCGGCUGUUAAGCCUGUCAUUGCUACGUCCACCGCGUCCUCCACCGCACCCCGUGCACCCCCGCCGCCGCCCGGUCGUGUGGUUGUCCCUCCUGCACCACCAGAACCUGAGGUGCCUUCGUACCGCGCUAAGUUUGCCUUUGACGGACAGGAAGGCGAGAUGACAUUAGUGAAGGACGACCUGGUUGAGCUGCUUGAGAAGGACGAUAACGGCUGGUGGCUAGUGAAGAAAGACGGUGUUGAAGGCUGGGCGCCUAGCAACUACCUCGUUCUCGUCCCUGCUAAACCUAAGUCCGCUUCUGCUGCUCCUCCCCCACCCCCACCCCCUCCUGCCAGCCGUCCAGUCCCUGCCGCUACGACUCCCGUCGCCAAACCCGUAGCAGCACCUGCGCCCAAAGCCAAAGUUGCCCUACAGUCCGUCACCGCCAAUGUCAACGCCAAACCUGUGUCCGUUUUCCCGGGCAUGGCAGCAGGCAAUGGUUCCGCGGCGCCGUGGAAGAAGCCAGCGGCGUCGACUGAGACGUCCAGUUCGGGAACCCCUGCAAGCUCGAGGCCGUCCAGCUCAGCGGCUGGUAGGCCCCCGCCGCCUGUCGCAGCGAAGCCUAAACCUGGUCCGCCGCCUGUCGGUGCCAAGCCCGCAGUCCCGAAGCCUCCUGCGAAACCGCCUGUGCCUUCUGCUUCCAGGCCAGGUGCGGCCCCUGCUGCUCCGCCUCGCCCAGGAGGAACUGCGAAGCCCAAUGCAGGAGCUGCAGGUCAGAUGGACUUGGCAGCCGCUUUGGCCAGGCGCGCUCAGCGGAUGGCCGAGUGAGCGAGCGCUACAGCUAUCAACGAUGUUCAGAGAUUCGAUGCUCUAUACCGUAUGUAGACGUAGAGUGAGAAAAGGAAGUGGAUUAGAACAGGUUACAUGGAGCUACGGGACUUGAUUCCGGCGUAAAGGACAAUGAAGUGAUUGUGUGCUGCCGAGCUAAGGGAUGACGAAGGAGAUAUGCAGGGGUAUCAACAAAACUGAACACUUUAUCCGACGUACGGUAUCGUUCGGUCGUAACAGGGGAACAUAACAAAAACACAAAAGCAUAAUAUCGAACCUGCGAACGCGCGAAUGCAAAUGCACCGAUUAGAAAGGCGAAACUUAUGAAAGUGUUACUGUGAUGGGCGGAAGAAGCGCAGGGGGUAUGACGUCGGGGUAGGGGUCCAUCAAUGCCUCGACCUCGCCUUCAGAAUCCAGGUCGUCGUCGUCGUCGUCCGGUACAGCGACACGCGACGGUGUGAAUGGUCGGCGGUGGGCGUCGCCCUCAACAUCCGAGUCGACGUCCGUCGCCGCGUCUCGCGUAGAGAGCACUUCUGAGACGUCGUCUCCCCGCCUCCAAGUCCGUACCUCCUCCGCACUGAGCACCGUUGGCCCUGCUUCUUUAAAAUCGGCGGGCGUCGUUGCCAGCGCACGCUUGCCGCCCUCGAUAAGGCUGUCCAGCAGCCCCUUCACGCGGCGGUAUGUAUCGUCCUGCUGUACGAAGCUUUCCUCGG